UGGGAGGAUUUUUGGGAAUUUUGGGAGGAUAAUUCCCAAAAUUUCUUCUUGCAGGAAGGCAAAUGGGCAGCAGAGAAGGUGAUUGAAGUUCCCUCCAAGAAAGUCCAAGGAUGGCUCCUCCCAGAUAUGCCAGGGCUCAUCACAGACAUCCUGAUCUCCCUGGACGACAGAUUCCUGUAUUUCAGCAAUUGGAUCCACGGGGACGUGCGGCAGUACGACAUCUCCGACCCCAAAAACCCCAAACUGGUGGGGCAGGUUUUUUUGGGAGGCAGCAUCUGCAAAGGGGGACCCGUGACGGUGCUGGAAGAUCGGGAAUUGCGGGAUCAGCCGGAGCCUUGCGUGGUCCAGGUGACUUUUCCCAAAUUUUCUUCCCGAAUUUUCCCCCCCUUUUUCCCAAUCCCAACCCCUUUUCCUGACCCUUUUUCCCGUCCCAUUUCCAGGGAGGGCUCGGUGCUGCUCCAGCUCGACGUGGACACGGCCAGGGGGGGAUUGGCCGUGAAUCCCAAAUUCCUGGUGGAUUUUGGGAAGGAGCCCCUGGGACCCUGCCUGGCCCACGAGAUGCGGUACCCGGGGGGCGACUGCACCUCCGACAUCUGGCUGUGAUUUGGGAAUUUGGGAAUUUGGGAUUGGGAAUUUGGGAUUUGGGAAUUUGGGAAUGGGGGACUGCACCUCCGACAUCUGGCUGUGAUUUGGGAAUUUGGGAUUGGGAAUUUGGGAUUGGGAAUUUGGGAUUGGGGAAUGGGGAUUCCACCUCCGACAUCUGGCUGUGAUUGGGAUUUGGGAUUGGGAAUUUGGGAUUGGGGAAUGCACCUCUGACAUCUGGGUGUGAUUGGGAUUGGGAAUUUGGGAUUGGGAAUUUGGGAAUGGACGACUGCACCUCCGACAUCUGGCUGUGAUUUGGGAUUGGGAAUUUGGGAUUGGGAAUUUGGGA